AUGGAUUUUGAAAGUAGGGAAGAUAGAGAUGGUGUACGAUUAUCGUGGUCCUCGGUGCCGAAAUCGAAAUUGCAACAUCAACGAAAUGUCAUACCCAUGGGAGCACUAUAUACGCCACUAAAUGAUAAAAGUGAAGUAACUGUUUUGGAUAAACUGAAUUUAAUAAGUUGUCGAUCUUGUCGUUCGAUAUUGAACCCAUAUGUGGUGGUUAAUAAUGGCACUUGGUCAUGUCAAUUUUGCAGUGUGCCUAAUCAAUUGCCAGCGGUGUUUGCUGAGGAUGGCACCCCGUAUUUACAACCAGCAUUAGAAGGACAAUUCACAACUGUUGAAUACGAGACAGGGAGGAAAAGUUCGUUGCCACCGGUAUUUUUUUAUGUUGUUGAUACUGGGUUUGAAGGUGAUGAUGUUGAGGCUGAAUUUGCCAAAUUAAAAGAAAGCUUAGUUCUAUCGCUAAGCUUGUUACCGGAAAAUGCAUUGGUUGGAUUUGUCUCUUUUGGUAAACAUGUCAAAGUACAUGAUUUGACGUCAAAUGAUGAUUUGAGCUAUACAUUUAAUGGAAACAAGACGUACAACUUGGAGCAGGUGCAACAAACAUUAGGAUUACUGGGAAGUGGGCUCAGUAGUGCCGGGUUGUUGCACGCACAAGCUGCUGAUUUUGAACAUUUGAUUGGACCUACAGCAAGACGAUUCUUGCAACCACUCAGUCUAGUCGAAUAUGAAUUGACAAACAUUAUUGAGAACCUCGUCCCUAAUUCGUUUCCUCAUAGUGAAUAUAGUGAACGACCAGCGAGGGCCACUGGGUCAGCGAUCAACGUUUCGACGUUGUUGUUAAAGAGUAUACUUGGGGAUAAUCAUUUAACUGGUGGACAUAUGAUGGUUUUCAUUGCCGGUGUAUGUACUUUAGGACCAGGUAAAAUUGUUGACACCCCGUUAAAAAUACCAAUGAGAUCGCAUCACGAUAUUUUAAAGGAACAGUCUAGCCUAAUCAAGGCACCAACAACAUCAUCAAAGACCAAAACAGAUACAUCGUUGUACAAAGAAGCCAAAGCAUUUUAUGCCAAAAUUGCCAAAGUAUUAGUUUCAUUGGGACUUAGUUGUGAUCUCUUCAUUGGAAGUUAUGACCAAGUGGGACUAUUUGAAAUGGACGAAGUUUGUACAAAGACCGGCGGGGUUAUAGUCAUGACAGAUUCGGUAAGUACAGCAAUUUUCCGACAAAGUUUUGCCAGAUUUUUCAAGAAGCAAGAAUUAAAUAACGAAUGGCUCGAUAUGGGAUUUAAUUCGACUUUGGAAGUUAAAGUAUGCCAGGAUUUGAAAAUUGAAGGAUUGAUUGGUAAUGCAAGUUCACUACCAUUUAAUAAAACGGUUGCUGCCAAUGAAAGAAUGGUUAGCGAACGCGAAGUUGGAGAAGGCAAGACCAAUAGUUGGAAAUUAUGCAGUGUUGACCCUAGAUCGACAUAUGCAAUUUAUUUCGAGAAAAUGGACAACUUGCAUACCAAUAACGCGGCUACAUUUAUCCAGUUUUUGUUUCAUUAUCAGCAUCCCAAUGGUGAAAUGAGACUUCGUGUUACCACAAUACCCGUCAAUAUUAUCCUCGACUCGGAAAAUGCCCAAUUAGAGGCAAGUUUUGAUCAAGAGGCAGCAUUAGUUCUUGUUGCUCGUGAAGCAGUCAAGAAAUUGCAAACUGAUUUACACAAGAAAUUUGUUAGUGGCACUGCAUUGAGUAAACAAUUGGAUCAAGUCUUGAUUGAUUUUUGUACUCGAUUUGCGGUGUACAAUAUUGGAAUGAUGGAUUCAUUUAGAUUAUCAACUACCUAUUCACUUUUCCCGCAGUUUAUGUUUCAUUUGCGGAGAUCGCCCUUUAUCAAUGUUUUUAAUAGUUCACCCGAUGAAACGAGUUUUGUACGACAUGUGUUUAUGCAUGAGGAUUUAGCCAAUUCAUUGCUUAUGAUCCAACCUACGUUGCUUUCCUAUGAUAUCAAUAGUUGGGGCUCUACCACGGAUGAAGAUACCGGUGAAGAGAUAAUCAACGAACCGGAACCGGUAUUACUUGACUCUGCAAGUUUGGGUAAAACAAAGAUUCUUCUUCUUGAUACGUUUUUCCAAAUUUUAAUUCACCACGGUUCACAAAUUGCCCAAUGGAGAAAAGCUGGAUAUCAUGAACAAGAAGAAUACGCAUAUUUCAAAGACUUUUUGGGAGCUCCUAAAAGAGAGGCCAUGCUGUUAUUAGUUGAUCGAUUCCCCUUACCGCGAUUUAUCGAUUGUGAUGAAGGUGGGUCGCAAGCACGGUUCUUGAUGGCCAAAUUGAAUCCAAGUACCAGUUAUGCCACAAAUGUCAAUCAUUUUUACGGAUUUGGUGAUCGUUCCGAUGUGUUUACUGAUGACGUCAGUUUGCAACUGUUUAUGGAUCAUGUCCAGCGUGUCGUGACGUCAAGAAAGUAA